AUGACAUUGGUAAAUACAGACUCCAACGUCAUGGAAACAAAACUGGCUACAUUCAAAACAGCAAAAUUUUACAAAAUUCCACCGCCGGAGGUGAUUCCUGACACUACAUCCAGCGUGGAUGAAAAUAAUGGUUCAAAAGGAUACAAGGAGACUCAAAUAAUACGAUACAGGUUUCAGCCAGAAAACUGGCGGUUGAAACGCUCAAAUUUCCUGUUCAAAGGAUCUAUAGAGCUACACGAGCUACAAAGCUUGGAUGCGUUGGAGUCGUCUAAGGACCUAUCGUCAGAAUUGAAAUGUCGCCUGACGAUUAAUGCCCCUGGAAUAGACCGCUGGGGAACCGCUUAUUACGAGAAAGUAUACCACGAUGGUCUUCUGGUAACUAAUUACAAACAAUCGAAUCCUUUCAUGACAAUCCAAAAGAUAAUACAUCAGCACUACGUGGUGAUAGUAACAGAGGAGGACAAAAAGAUAGCGAUAGGGAUGAUUUUACAAGAUUUCUUUGACGAUUUACGACUCACGUCAAAUCUCAAGGAUUUCGAGGAAAGGUUCAAAAAAUUGCUUGCAUUCAAAGACAGCUUCGUCAACGAGUCUCCGAAGACCACCAAGGAGGAACGAUCGGAAGGAUCACCCAAUAAAUUUAAUAUCGACGAGGAUGACGAAUUUGGUGAUCUUGUGUCCAACUAA